AUGCCGUUCGCCCCCUCCGUCGCGCCGACCAAGGCCAACAUCGGCGUCUACACCAACACGAACCAUGACCUGUGGGUUGCACCGGCCGAGCCCUCGCUCGAGACUGUGCAGGCUGCCGAGGGCCUGAAGCCCGGCGAGGUGACUGUGGCCAUCCGGAGCACGGGCAUCUGCGGGUCGGAUGUCCACUUCUGGAAGCACGGCUGCAUCGGCCCCAUGAUCGUCACGGGCGACCAUGUUCUCGGCCACGAGUCCGCCGGCGAGGUCAUUGCCGUGCACCCCGACGACGCCGCUGUCGCCGACGACCCGUCCAAGGGCCACAACCUCAAGGUCGGCGACCGCGUCGCCAUUGAGCCCAACAUCAUCUGCGGCGCCUGCACGCCCUGCCUGACGGGCCGCUACAACGGCUGCGAGCGCGUCGACUUCUUGUCCACCCCGCCCGUCAACGGCCUGCUGCGCCGCUACGUCAACCACCCGGCCGUGUGGUGCCACAAGAUUGGCGACACCAUGACCUGGGAGGAGGGCUCGCUGCUCGAGCCCCUCAGCGUCGCCCUCGCCGGCCUGCACCGUGCCAAGAUCGAGCUGGGCGACCCCGUUCUCGUCUGCGGCGCCGGGCCCAUCGGCCUCGUCACGGCGGUCUGUGCGCGUGCGGCGGGGGCGUGCCCGCUCGUCAUCACGGACGUCGACGCCGGCCGCCUGGAGUUUGCGGCGAAGCUGGUGCCGGGCAUCAAGACGGUCAAUGUCGGCGGCGGCCCGCGCCCGGCGCCCACGGACCCCAUCGACGGCCCGGCCGAGGCCACGGCCAAGAAAAUCGUGGCCGAGGGCUUCGGCGGCGUCGAGCCGCUGCUGGCCAUUGACUGCACCGGCGUCGAGAGCAGCAUCGCGUCGGCCGUGUGGGCCGUGCAGUUUGGCGGCCGCGUGUUUGUGAUUGGCGUGGGCCGCAACGAGAUCCGGAUGCCGUUUAUGCGCGCGAGCGUGCGCGAGGUCGACCUGCAGUUCCAGUACCGCUACAGCAACACGUGGCCGCGCGCCAUCCGGCUGGUGCAGAGCGGGCUAGUGGACCUGAAGCCCCUGGUGACGCACCGUUUCAAGCUGGAGGACGCUGUGGAGGCCUUCCGCACGUCGUCGGACCCGACGACGGGCGCAAUCAAGGUGCAGAUCCAGAGCCUGGAUUAG